UUCACUCUUUUUUGAUUCAAACUGUUUUUGAAGUGUUUCUGAAAUCGUUUUAAACAAUUUGAUAUCUAUUAAGUUAAGCGGAAUUAUUUUGCCAGUAACCACUUAAUGUUUUAUUUGGUGCGAUGUUAUUUUCUUAUUUUGGAUAAAUUUUCUAUUUUUAUGGGUCAAGAUCUUCAAAAUAGAACGAUCUAUAAUUUAGUUGAAUAUUAUUCUGAAUAUUUGAUAUCGUGACCCAGAAAGACAAUUUUAAGCAAACUAUCUCUGAACAUUUUGCGUGUCAGAAACAAUAAGCUGGUGGCAAUAUUUAUUUUCUUUACAAAAAAUAAGUAUUUUCUGCAAAAAAGAACCACGCCGCUGGGAAGUGCUCUUUAGAAACUGCUACAAUCAUUGAUCAGAAGUUAAAGCUACUUUUGCUGCCCUAAUUCAAUAUUGAUGAUUCCAUUUUGAGAAAUUGGAGGGCCUCGAUCAAUAGUUUUCCACCCCUUGCAUUUUUCAAUGCCUGUCAUUUCCUUGCAAGGCAGGUGAUAGAUUUGCUUGCACGGUAGUGGAUUUUGUUCCAUUAUCUAUAUCAGUUUGUAUGCAUGAGCGCCCUAAUCGAAAAUUCCUUUUGGCAUUUGAUUUCUGUUUGGCGUUUGAGUUAUGGAAGAACUACCUUUCCCAAAAUUGACUAUAUAUGAUAGCUGAUAACCCGAUCAAAUUGAAAAAAUAAACCGUCCCUUUAUGUUUAGAAAAAAAAAACAGAUGGUAUAUUUAUUUCAUUCAAAAUCGCCAGACUGGUGACUUAUUUUACUUACGUAAAGAACGUUCAAUCUGAAUGAUUUGGCAGCAAGGAAAAUUCUCACCGAUAAUAUUCGUUUUUAAAGAAGAUUUAAUGCGUCCAUGGAAUAUGAACUUAACUGAUUAAAUAUAAUGGCAAUCGAAUUUGAAGAACCUGAUAGCUUUGAUGAGAAUAUCAUACGGUCGCGAUCUGUGUCAGUACAAUGUGAGGAUCAUUUCUAUUGUGAGGAGAAUUAUCAAAGAUCAAGAAGUUCAUCUUUAUCUAGCGUCAUUUGGGAAUGGGGACGGAGACUUCUGGAGUCAGAUGCGAAGUCCCUGAAUUCCCUUGCGUCCGGGCAUUCUAGGAAGUCGUCCAGUACUAGCCUCGUCUCAGUAGCCUCUGGUGAUAGCAAACAAAGUGCCAAUGCUGAAGAGGAUGGAGAAGAUGUUUGGCAGAUAUGGGGAUCUGUGGUCAACGAAUGGGAGACCUACUUCAAGAAGAAAAACGCAUUUGUCAAAGAUCUGGUGCGAAGAGGUAUUCCCAACCACAUAAGGAACAUUGUGUGGCAAUUACUGUGCAAUGCUCAGUCCUGCCCCGCUCGAGAACUAUACACCGAGUACCUGAAAAGUUCCUCUCCAUGUGAAAAAGUGAUAUUGAGGGAUAUUGCUCGCACCUAUCCAGAGCAUGACUUCUUCAGGGAAAAAGAUGGUCCUGGCCAAGAAAGCUUAUUUAAUGUUAUGAAAGCAUACUCCUUACAUGACAGGGAAGUGGGCUAUUGUCAGGGCAGUGCUUUCAUUGUAGGAAUGCUCCUGCUACAGAUGCCUGAAGAAGAUGCUUUUGUUGUGAUGGUACGAUUAAUGGAAGAUUAUAGAUUAAGAGAAAUGUAUAAACCUAGCAUGGCUGAGCUAGGAUUAUGCAUGUAUCAGCUGGAGUGUAUUGUUCAGGAACAAAUUCCAGAAUUACACAUGCAUUUCCAAGCUCAAAGUUUUCAUACGUCCAUGUAUGCUUCUUCUUGGUUUUUGACAUUAUUUACAUCCUCUGUUUCCCUCCAGUUAGCCUGCAGGGUCAUGGAUCUUUUCUUAUCUGAGGGUAUGGAAAUGAUCUUUAGAAUUGGAAUAGCAAUUUUACAAUACUGCAAAGAAGAUUUGCUACAACAUGAUAUGGAAGGAAUGUUACGAUACUUCCAAAAAGAAAUGCCUGCCAAAUGUGAAGCCGAUCCAGACUACUUAAUUUCUUUAGCAAUGCAAGUGAAAUACAGUUGUAAGAAAAUGAAAAAAUUAGAAAAAGAUUAUACAUCAUAUAAAGCAAAAGAGCAAGAAGAAAUGAUAGAGCUUAGGAGGUUAAGAACAGAAAACAAGCUUUUGAGACAAAGGAUAGAAAACUUAGAAUUGGAGAGUGCAUCGCUGGCCGAUCGCCUUGUCCAGGGUCAGGUUACUAGAGCUCAGGAAGCAGAAGAUAGUUACGCAUUAAAGAGAGAGCUAGCAUCACUGAAACAAACACAGUUGCUAACAGAACAGGAAUUGGAGAGAGCAAAGAGAAAAAUUAAAGAGCUUGACGAUGCCAAUUCUCAGCAUUCAUCCCUUGAUCAACAGGCUGAAGAUCUGAUUCAAUCAAUGCAACAAGAACUGAUUUCUGUAAAACUAAGAGAAGCUGAGAAGGAAGAUAGGAUGCAAGAUCUGUUGCAUCGAAUUAAUGAGCUAGAAUCAGUGAAUAAAUGUUUGAAGGAAGCUUAUCCUGAAAACACAAUCAUCCAUAUUCAAGAAGAACUGAUUGCUGUUAAGCUCAGAGAAGCUGAAGCUCAACAGUACAUUAAAGAACUCUUGCAGAAGAUUAAUGACCUACAAAAUCAACUUGUUAAAUGUGUCACUAAUUCGACUGCAAAUCAUGAGGAACCCAAGGUCUCUGAAAACUCUCUUCGUAAAGGUAGCAAUGUUACCGAACUUCAACAGAGGAUAGUGUACUUGGAGAAAAAGCUGAAUGAAAGUGAGUUAAAGAACAUGAAAAUGGAGAUGGAACAGAAGAAUGUUACCUCUGAUCUUAAGAAAAAACUAACACUUCUGGAAAAUCAAGUAAAAGAGUUGACUGAUAUAAAUCAAGAAAAAAUUGCCACAGAAAGUGAAGACGUCAAAAUGCUAUGUGGCAGGGUUACAUCACUGCAAGAAAAAUUGGCAGAGCAGUGGGAGAUAAAUAAAAAGUUAACAAUCAUGCUUGAGAAUGGUGAUGCUGAUGCCAACCACAACACAGAGAAGAGCUUCAAACACAUAGGCCAUUUCUUGGAAACAUUGAAGCAAAGUCACACGACUCUUUCAAGUGACGAAGGCAACUUUGAGCAGAUCUACAAAUUCAGGCUCUCCCCUCGGGACAUCCAACCUCCUGGAAAACUUGAGUUUCUUAAGAAUAAAGUUAAUGUUCAGUGAUGUGUCUUCCUACCAUAAAUGUCUUUCUCUAGAUUUGAACCUGGUGUCAUAUCACAUGUCCACGAAGUUGUUAUCUUCAUUCAUGUUUUGAAAUGAAAAUAUCAACUGAUAACACUCCAUAGGUUUGUGUUGUAAUAUAGAAUGUUGAUGUUAAUGCUUGGAAGAAAAGCAUUGUUACCAAAACAAUCUGUGCAAGCUUUAACUGUGUUUGUAGGUGAAGUAUUUAAAUAAAAAAAAUCUUGCUGUAGAACUGGAUUGUAUUUCACUAAGGUGCACAAUCAAAUUUUUUAAAAUAAAAAAAAUAAAGCUAGCCGUCCAUGAGGCAUAAUUGGAUGGGAUUAUAUAAGUUUUGAUGUAGUGUGCAUUUUUCGAACAUUUAAGAUAACAUUUUAGCUGGGUAUCAGGAAAUAUUGCUUUUUAAAAGUUUUUUCUGCUGCUUAGUUUUAUUUUAACAAAACUACACAGUUUUUAGAAAUGAUUGCUAGAUAAUUUUUUUUUUCUAAAUAAAUCUUUAUAGCAUAUAUGUCACAAUUGUUGUUAUAAAUGUUGAACUUUGCUGAUCCUUUGAACGUCCAUUAUGAACCCUUUUUUAAAAUUUUCUUUAUAAUUCUCGACAUUUUACUUGUGUCUCUGCUAGUCAAAUUGAAAAAUAUAAAUUUUUAUGUCUGUACAUAUGUUAACAUUUUAAAAAUGUUUCCAAUAUACUAGAUUGUUUUUUUUAACGUAAGUUCAAGUAUUGCCACAUAAAACUAGUCCCACUAUGAAAAAAGUAAAGAUAAAUCAUUACUUUAUUUGAGUUACAUAUAUAGCUAUAUAAUAUGAUAAAUACACCACAGAAUCGUGAAUGCCAUCCCAAGGGAGCAAUUUUGUCGAUUAGUAAGUCGCAAAUCGCUAGUUAAAAAAAAAAAGAAAUGCUAGUUACAGAAAAACGCAAUACCAAAAAUUGCUAGUAACAUCGGAUAGUCUAAAUUUUCUAUUAUUUUUUCCUCACAAUAUUUUAAAGUUCCGAUAUUUUAAUGGUGCAAUGCUAUUGCGACAUGUGAAUUUCGAAUUAAAGUUAUCACUUCUUGAUGCUCUCUAUUUGUUAUCGAGAAUCCUUAUAUUUCCCGAUAGUUAUUUAUCUUUCUUUUGGCGAUCUCCACAUGAGUCUUCAAGCAUCGUUUUUUUUUAAUAUGAUACUAUUGCAAUACCUGAAGAUCUAAUAUGAGUAAAAACUUUCCUCCUAUAACAUUCAAAAAAAUAAAUACCUGAUGUGUAUCUUUCAUUUAAAAAGAGGCUAGUUUUAUGUGGGUUAGUUAUGGGAUAUGUAUUUGCUAUAAGUUCUAGAUAUUAAAUGUAUCCUAACACAAAGAUGUUAAUAGGUUUAAAUACAGUACAUUUUGAAGGUUUUGACCCUAGUUUUGAACUAAAAUCAUAAAUAUAUUAAUUGAAUUGCUUUUGUAUUAUUUAUUAAUGCUAAUAGGGAAAAAUUUGCACUUAUUAGUUUUGAACAUUUUUUUAUUAAAAUUAUUUCUGCAUGUUUGUAUAUAAUUUGAAAAGUUUCACUAGUUUAACUUGCAUUCCAUGGAGAUGUAGUGAUUAUUAAAUUUUUUAAAGUUGAACAAGCUGGCAAUAUUCCGUACCAUAUUGAUGAAUCUCAUGGUAAAUUUUAUUUGUUACAAAAAUAUUGAAAUAUUUGUAAAUUCAUUGUUAUAAAAAUUGUAUAUUGUUGUUAAAUAUGAAGUGGAAUUUGUUGACAAAAUAAAAUUGUUAAAAUUAAAUGAAAUGUGCUAAAACAUUGAAUGCUGAUGUAUUACUGAAAGGGUGCUAAAGAAAUGUUUUAACUGGUGCAACUAUAUUCUCCUGACUCUUAAAUAAAUUAGUGAAAUUUUUGAAUUAAUUCUGAUAAGCCAAAGUUUUGAGAUUAAGAGUCUAAGAGUGUGUAAUGUGAAAUAGUUUGUUACUGUAACUUUUUGAACUCUAAAAAAAUGACAUUUUAUUUAGAAAUGUUAAAUUAACAUUUUUGAAGUAGAACUUUAUUUAAUGUCAAGAUAAAUGAAGAUAUGUUUUUACACUUCAUUAACCAAUGCCUGUACUCUUAUUUAUAGAGUGACUUUAUUAUUUGGUUUUUUUCUAUGUACAUAAUAUAUUGUUUUAUUAAAUUUAAGUUAUAUGUA